GCGGUGCUGUAUGUGCAAUGGGCCUCGGACUGCAUCCACGUACCUGACCUUAACGUGGUACUGGUUCUGGUCCAGUACCACAUCUGCUCUGGUGUUCUAGUUCGCGGCUUGAAGGUUGGGGACCUGUGAUUUAAUGGGACGUACGUCAGAUAAUGACGAUUUGGGGAAACCCAAAACGUGAAAAAGGAGUCCUUAACCAAACGUCAACAUGUGACGACUUGUGAGUGAGAAUGUUUUGGUGAAUCAGUUAUAGGUGAUGGGCCAAAAGGUAAACAACAACAGUGUAUAAUAGUUAUGGUAUAAGACAUGUAGAAUAGAGUCAAAUAAAUAAAUAGCGUUCAGCACCCUGGACAGCGAUCCUUGGUCGGUAGCCAACUGGAGACUGUUUCAGGACCAUGGACAGAGACUUGAAAAACAAUUAGACCUUUCAUCGUGCAUGCUAAAGUUUCAAUUAUUUUUUUAAAAAAGAAACAUUUUUGAUGCAUAAAUAAAAUGUAAAAAACUUAUGUUUCUUGAAUUUCAUUCUUUUGAAUAUUUGCUUUUGAACUUACAUGCUCAAAGCUACUUAAAAAAAAACCUAAAGGCUUUUAUAGAACAGUUAAGAUGACUCAAGAUAACAAUACAAUUAAACAUUUAUUUUUUUCAGAAGAGACGGAAAUCUUAAAGUCUUGACUUCUUAUCAGGACACAUUAGCAGGAGGUGCCACUGCUCUCCCCCCGAUUCAGUCUCAAGACCCACCCUUUACUGUCUGACAUGACCGUCCUCUACAAUGCGAUACUGUAUUCUUUGUACCUCCCCUUUCUCGCCCUCAGUCUGCGUGCAUCCCAGCCUCCCUUCCUAGAUAUCCACCCCGCACCUCUCCACCCGCAAACAGCUCUUACACUGAGAUUUAAAAAAAAGGAAAGAAGAAAAAAAAGAGGAGAGAACAGUUUGAAACAUAAAUCUCCCUUCCACUGCUCCCUCUUCUCCUUGCCCUCCAAACGGACUUCAUCACUUUAUUCCUCUUCGCGCCAAUGCCCGACACCGCGCAGAAACGCAGGAUUUUUUUCUCUUGAGCAUGAGAAGGAUUGCCAAACCAUCCGCAAUCCAACAUUACCGCCUGAGCCACCAGCAUGAGCACUGGAUACGUACGCUCCAGCAGAAGUUGUUGGCCAGAGAACUAACACAUCUCGGAGCACAAAUACAGCAAAGAGGAGAGAGUCAGUUUCAGGUAAGUGCGCGCUUGGACCGACUUGGACCGGGCGCGAUCGGACGGGAUUACGCAUGUUUGGGGCUUUUUUUUUCUUGAUUGUUCUACUAUUAUUGUGGCACAGUUAUAGCGAUGUUGCGUGGUCAGCACGUUACUGUGGUGUCCUUUCCAGGAUAGAUAUCUUUUAUUUCCUCCAUCCAUCCUACAUUUUGAAAUAAUCGCCGCACAAGUCCAGUCAAGCUCCUCCCGGGCUGACUGGAUGUCGACGAGGCGCAGUCGGGCUUUUUCAGAUGAGACUUGCAGUCAAAUGAACCCUUCAUCAACACCCCCCUCUCCUCCUCCCCCCUCUAAAAAGAGAUGCAAAUGAGUUUUGAUGAUUGAGACUCUGCGUGCUGUAGGGCAGCAUCUCGCCGAGGUGAUGCUGCAGAAGGAGGAUGGAUGAGGAGGGGAUGGAACUAAAACUGAAUUACAAAGGCGACCCAUCUGAGCAUUAUUUGCUGCCCUGCAGUCGCUUUCCGCAGCUGGAUAGUCUCUAAUAUUUAUGACCAUCACUUCUUCAUCCUGAAAAUGCAUCCAAGUCUCCACAUAAUGGAGCGAGAAUGAACAGAGAGCGGCUUAGAAAAAAGCAUGAGCUGGAGGUUUAUUGAGGUCAUCUGCUUCCUGUUUAUAUGGGACCAUAUAACAGUUCAGUCUUCCCGCCAGGACCUGUUGGCUGCUGAACAACAUGUCACCAAACAGUAUGACUGGCUCAUCUCUGACCGCGGACCUUUCCACCACUCUCGGAGCUAUCUGUCCUUUGUGGAAAGAUUCCGCCAAGGAUUUACGACCCGAUAUAAAAUUUAUAGGGAAUUUGCACGUUGGAAGGUGAGGAACACUGCAAUCGAGAGAAGGGACCUCAUCCGCAACCCGGUGCCGCUAAUGCCAGAAUUCCAGCGCAGCGUACGCUUGCUGGGUCGCCGACCCACAACUCAGCAGUUCAUUGACACCAUCAUUAAGAAAUAUGGGACCCAUAUUCUUAUCUCUGCCACCUUGGGAGGAGAGGAAGCUUUGACAAUGUACCUGGCGAAAAACAAGCUGGACAGAAAGCUUGCCAACGCCACCCAGAAUGUGGAGGCUCUUCAUCAGUUGGCCUCAUCUUACUUUAUCGACCGUGACGUCACGAUGAGGAAGCUGCAUGAGAUCCAGAUUUCCACAAAUGCUAUCAAGGUGACAGAGACACGGACCGGACCGUUGGGAUGCAGUAGCUAUGACAAUCUGGACUCCGUUAGCUCAGUCCUCCUGCAGAGCCCAGAGAGCAAGCUCCAUCUGCAAGGCCUACAGGUCAUUUUCCCAGAAUACCUGCAGGAGAAAUUUGUCCAGUCAGCUCUGAGCUACAUCAUGUGCAACGGAGAAGGGGAGUAUAUGUGUCGCAACAACCAGUGCAUCUGUCUGUGCGGCGAGGAUUAUCCCCAGUGCAACUGUCCCAUUACCGACAUCCAGAUCAUGGAAAACACCCUGUCUGGGAUGUCUGAGUCAUGGGCAUCCUCCUAUAAAGACUUUGAGAACUCUGAUGAGUUCAAGUCCUUCCUGAAGAGGCUCCCCUCCACCCAUUUCCUGCCUAUCAGCAGUGUGCAUCUUCUGUGGGGCAGCGACUGGGACCUGCAGGCUCGUUACAGGCUCCUUCAGAGCUCCCUGGAGAUCCAGCGGCUCAAGAUCCAGCGCACUGCCCGCAAGCUGUUUAGCCUCAGCAUCCGUUGUCACCACAAUCCAAACCACCAGAUGCCGAGGGAGAGAUCUGUGAUGCAGUGGCUAAACAGAGUUCAGUCCUUCCUCUACUGCAAUGAAAACGGGUUUUGGGGGACCUUCUUAGAGAGUCAAAGAACAUGCGUGUGUCACACUGGUGUCACACUGUGCCAGCGGCCCAUUCCGUGUGUCAUAGGUGGCAACAACAGCUGUGCCAUGUGCAGCCUGGCCAACAUCUCCCAAUGCGGUUCCUGCAACAAGGGCUACAAGUUGUACCGUGGCCGCUGUGAACCGCAGAACGUGGACUCCGAGCGCAGCGAGCAGUUCAUCAGCUUCGAAACGGAUCUGGACUUUCAGGACUUGGAGCUCAAGUACCUGUUGCAGAAAAUGGAUUCACGGUUGUACAUUCACACCACUUUCAUCAGCAACGAGAUCCGACUGGAGACAUUCUUCGACCCGAGGUGGCGCAAGCGCAUGUCGCUGACCCUCAAGAGCAACAAGAACCGGAUGGACUACCUCCACAUGAUUAUUGGCUUGUCGAUGAAGAUUUGCCAAAUGCGAAACAGCAGCAUCGACCCGAUGUUCUUUGUUUAUGUCAACCCGUUCAGUGGCAGUCACUCUGAAGGCUGGAGCAUGCCCUUUGGCGAGCACGGUUACCCGCGCUGGGAGAAAGUGCGACUGCAGAACUCGCAAUGCUUCAACUGGACUCUUCUGCUUGGCAACAGGUGGAAGACAUUUUUUGAGACGGUACACAUUUACCUACGCAGCCGUGCUAAGAUUCCAUCUGGCCUUCGCAACGAUACAGGCCCGGUGGAUCUGGCAGACCCCAACAAACGCCAGAUCUACAUUAAAAUCUCCGACAUCCAAGUGUUUGGUUAUAGCUUACGCUUCAACGCCGACCUGCUUCGUAGUGCCGUACAACAAGUCAACCAGUCGUACACACAAGGAACCCAGUUCUACUCAUCCUCAUCUGUCAUGCUUCUGCUGCUGGACAUUAGGGAUCGGAUUAACCGUUUAGCGCCCCCUUCUGCACCGGGAAAACCCCAGCUGGACCUCUUUUCUUGUAUGUUAAAACACAGGCUGAAGCUCAACAACAGCGAGAUGAUCCGGGUGAACCAUGCCUUGGACAUGUAUAGCACAGAGAUCCUAAAACAAUCGGAUCAUCUAACUGCUAAACUCUGUUAAAACCCAACAGUAACUUAAAGACACUAAACAGAAACACCUGACAGACAAAUUAUGACACAAUGAUACUCUUUUUUUUCCCUCUUUUUCAUUUUUUGACCUUUUUUGCCUUUUGAUGUAUUAAUAACUUUGUAAGCAUAAUUCUUAAAAAAAAAAAAAAAAAAUAGCAGAAAGAGCAGCGAUGUCUUUUCUGCCAGAUGAAGAAUACUUACGGAACCACUAUAAGGACUGUAUCAUAUUUGUCCUAGCAUGUCUGUUAUUCCUUAAAUGAACUUAAAAAGAAAGGACAGGAAAAAAAAAAAACAACAAACUAAAAAAACAAAACAAACAAAAAAAACAUUCAAAGUAUGUAUGUGAAAAAGAGGCCUUCAUUUUUAACGGAGGGAUCAAAGGUUGUUUCUGAAACUGCCAUUAUUUAUUGAAAAAAAAAUGAAAAUAAGUGACAUUUUUAAAAGGAAUACAAAGGGCAGAACCAAUUUUAAAUUCAAAUGUUCCAAUUAUUUCCGAUAUAACAGGCAGUUUGAUCAAAUGUGUACACAUUGCUAGGUUCUGGUAGCCCUAGUAAGCUAGUAGACGGCAUAUUACUAAACUCUUUAUUCCACUGAAUCCUACAGUGAAUCUUCAUCGUCAACAAGUAUUUGGGGGCAAUCUCUGUCUGUUGUGACGGAGCAGGGCAGCAACAGGAUAGUCAUGUCAAAUAACAAAAGCCAGCUGUUUAUAUUUACAUGUAUAUGUGGGUGAAUGCGUUUGUAUGUGUGGGUGCGAGCGCCAUUGUUUAAAACUUUUGAUUUCUCCUUCCUGCUGCUCAGAGCUUAUUGCUGUUUGUUAAUUGAAUGUGUCACUCAAGAUCGAGCUCGGUUUUUUGCUAAAUCUUGCAUUUUGGAGCGCUUUAUUAUUAUUUUUUUCUUGUUUUUUUUCUCUUUCUCCCUGCCUUGCAUUUGAACUUCAAGCUGUGUUUUUCACAAGGCUGUACCUCCUGGUGCGUGAGUGCAAUAUUGUGGUCUGAAGAUUUAACAAUCAAUGCUAUUUUGUAUAGCUUUGCAAACUGUACAUGUUGUGACUGCUGUUUUGUGUAGCUUUUCCAGCACCAAGAGCAAAAUGUAAAAAAAUGUCCAUCAGUCAGGCACAUUUGCAAGACAACUUAAAGCCAUACACUUCCCCUGAGGUAGACAUACAGUAAAGCAUAAAGCUCAUCCUCACUUGUUCCAUUUGUUUGUUUUUUAAUUCUAUUCUCUCAGAUGAUUUAAUAUAAGAGCACAGCAAAGAGCAAGAUAACAAGAAAAGAAAUGUGUUGAGUGAGAUUGUACUGUAAAGCCAUUGAAUUUCUAUGUUGUGCUGCGGGAAAAGAAGAAGAAAAAAUGCUAUAUUAAAGCGUAUAAUACCUUUUUUUUUCUUUCGCCAGUGUAAAGUCUGUAAGCUUUUUAUAGCCAUGUGUAAAAAUGUCUUUUUUGUUUUGAUAUAAAAGGUGAAAUUUCCUGCAUGUUGCUGGAAGCAUAAACAGAGCUACAACUAUUUUUAUUUUUGAACUCUGAGCUGUCAAACUGAAGCAUAAAACACUACCUAUGAAACGAGUGUCCGCUCAUGAAUGGUCAUGGGUACGGGUAACUCGGAAUGUCUGUUUGUCCACAAUUCAGAACAUUUGAGAUUCCAAAAGUACACAUGGAGCAAAUGUAUACAUCUUUGGGUGGAUGGGCUGAGGCACAGGCAAAUGUCUUUGCAAUCUAUCACUCUUUUAUCAACGGCUGUAGCUAAAAACUGAUGUUUAGGGUAAUUUCCAUCUAGGAUUUUAUGUCUAAAUGACAUGAAAAACAAAAUACAGUCUGCACACAAGUCAAACUUUAUUCAAAAUGACUUAUUCUGCAGACACGGAGCAAUUAAAUUAAAAAGCAGCAUUUGGGGAGACGCCUCAAUCCAAGCAAAGCUGGAAGACUUUGGAACUAAAUUGGGCCUAAUAUUAAUUGAAACCCAAAUAAAACAAAUUGAAAAAAAUGUUGUUUUGGCCAAAAACAAAUAAAACGUCCAAAAGUUUGUGCUGUUUUAAAAUAAAUGUAAUUAUUUCAGCUUCAAAUGUUCAGUUUUUUUUUGUUUUAAAACUGAAUAUUUCCAUUUUAAAACUUAUUUUUUGAGUUUCAAAUCUUUUUUUCACUUUCAACUCUUUUUUAUAAAUUUCUUAAUCAGUAAAUUCCUGUUGCAUUGGGGCGGGGCUAACACAACAUUUUAAAGAAGUCAAAAAUGACGUUUUCGAUGUUUUCAACGUUUUCUAAGGACAUUUUUGAUGGCUGAACGUACCACAAAAAGAUGGCGCUUUGAACAAUCUAGAACAGUGUUUUGGACGCACGGUUUGUGUACGAUAAACUCUUUUUUGCUUUUUACACCUGACUUGGGACAAGUUCAGACUUCAGAUACAGAAAAUACAGACAUUUUUUACUGUAAUUUUCCAGGUUGUCAGACUCAGAGAAUGCCAUGGGACUGAAGUUACCACCCUUAUCAAUUUUGAUUGGUCCUUUGCAUUAACCCCGCCCAAACGCGCCACAACGUGGCCAAAAGUUUUGAGACUGAAAUUUUCAGAUAAAAAAAAAAAAGAGUUCAAAGUAAAAAAAAGAUUUAAAACUGAAAAUAAGUUUUGAAAUGUUGAGUUUUGAAACCUAAAAAAUCGAAAAUUUGAAGCUGGAAAUGAUUAAGUGUAUUUUAGAAUAGCAAAAAGUUUUUGACAUUUCAUUUUUUUUUUACCAAACACCAAAAUUUGUUUCAAUUUGUUUUAUUUGGGUUUCAAAUAAUAUUGGUCUCAAUUUAGCUCCAAAGAAGAUCUGUUAUGUGUAUUUUCAUGAGUGUGAAGCUGGGCUUGAUUUUACAUUUCAACUCCAUAAUUGUUCAUCUAUGCAAGUCGUGUCCAUGGAUGCCACUCAUGAACAUUUGCAGAAAAAAAGUGGACCCACAUUUUACAUUAAGAUUUGCAGUAUAAAUACUGCUUUAAGACCUUAGCAUAAGUGUCUUUGCUGCUUGCUGUUUGCACCCAGGCCAAGUAUCAAAAUGUUGGAUUUGUUCAAUGUAAUUUAUAGGAGAGGGAUAUGUUUUGAAGAUAACAUGCAACAAUUACAUUUAAUGCCAUUUUUCUACCACAGUGGCAGACUUAAUAGGAAUUAGCAUUAGUUAAUCAACACUGAUUUCUUCUGCACAAUGCUCUAAUUUGUAGUUUUCUGGUCAAUCACAUCACUAAGUAUAGCAUUCUGCUGAUAAAAGAGUUCAUCUCCAAGCUGAUCUCUUCCCAUUACAUCUCAGCAAAUGUCAGAUCCAUUGGCUUAUUGCUUAUAUGUGGUUCAACAGAGAAAACUUAAAAUAGGUACAAUCCACCGAAAACCACAUUAUUUGAAUCUUGGUACAUGGUGUUUUGGACAUGUACCUUCUCUGUUUUUCUAGUGAGACCAUUACUAAAAUCUUCUGAAGUACAACUAAUAUGAGCUGUUGUGUUCUGAAUGUUAACAACAAAGAAAACGCUAUUCAUGUCUCACAUUGAGCAGCUGCAGACAGUUUUGGAUUCCCAAAAUAAAUAAGGACACAUCAAAUUUGCUGCUGUCUCAUCCACAGCUGCCCCUAAUCUUCUUUUGAUGUGAAAACGGUUGUACCAACUGUAAAUGUCCUGUUGCGAUAUCUAAUACUUCAGACUUCUCUCAGUGUUUUGCUUCAUUUUAUUCUUUGUUCUCUGACAUCUUUUGAUAUGUCAACCAUUUUAUUUUUUUUAAGCUUGCAUGAAUUGGUAAUUUUUUGCUGUAACAUUAUGAUGAGAUUUUUAAGAUGUACUACAGUAAUGGUCUGUAGAACAACUAUGAGAACAUACAGCAAAAAAGUAGGGGCACAUUGACAUUCCACAUUCAAUAUUAAAAGUAUGUAGCUUUAGUUGUUUUUUUUUUUUUUUCCAAUGUUCCGUUUAUCAUUAUCAUUAUUUGAUUAUUUUUGAUGAUUAAAAGCAUGUGGGACAAAUUCAUCGUGUCUAGCCUGAAAGGAUUUUUUUAUUGAUUUUUUAGCAGCUAUAAUAUAAAGAAUGCUUUAAAUUAAAGAUAGGCCUUGUUUGAAAACGUUCAUGCCUGCAAACCAAAAUUUUGUGUCAUAUAUUUCUUUAACUGAAACUAUAUCUAUGUAUAUGACAUCAAUACAAUAAUUAUUGACUAAAAUGCUUCUGUCAGAGCUCCCACAGCAGCAGUUCUGUUAGAGAUGGCUUUUACCAGAAUUUAUGAAGAAAAAUGUCCAAUUAACUAACAUCCUACUGUUCUAAAAGAACCAAUUUCUAAUUUAUAUAUAUAUAUAUAUAUAAUUAUAUAUAAACACUUAGCAUCAAAAUCCUGAUUUUAAAGGUUAUUUAAUGUCAUUUUAAUCAUUUAUAGAUUUGAGUCCUGUUUGAAUGGACCAGAGCAUUGACUGUAAUGUUAAAAGCACUAACAAAAAUCCCCAAAAGGUUUAAAAAGCCACAGUCAUUGUGCAGUAACUAUGUGAACCUUUGAGCUUUGCUUGGAAAAAAAA